UGCUUGUGCCUCCGGUCAUGGAUCCGUUAGAGCAGUCCCGGGUUUUCCUGGAUCGGUUCAAAACAAACGUCAAUCCAGCCGACCCACUUCCCAUUUGGGUACCGAUUUACAAUCUGAAAUACGAUGAAAUUGAGCCCGCCAUCAUCGAUUGGAUCCGGACGUAUUUGGAUCAGUUCGGAUGCCCCCAGUGCAUCUUGACGCCAAUCGUACGCAAAGUUGUGGACGAGGUGCUGAGCAUUUGCAAAGAAAAUCCGAAAUCUUGCGGCUUCAGUGGUCAGGAAUAUAAAACACUUCAGCUGACCCAAGAAGUGAUUGCCCGCGUAAAUAAAGUCUGCACCGAACUAUUGGACAACGAGAAGCUGAACAAUUUGCUCGCCCAGCUGGACGACCGCAAUGGCAUGGCUGGGCAGGAUCAGCCCGAUUCGGCAUCGAGCGGGACCAGUGUUGCGAGAAAGAUUCAUUUUUCGCGCGGCCUGAAACAUAAGCGACGCUCGAUGGAGGACCGGCACGUUUGUUUGCCCGAUUUCGACAAACUGUUCUGCACGAAGGACACGGAACCGACCGCUUUUUACGGUGUGUACGAUGGGCACGGUGGGCAGGAGGCGGCAAGCUUUGCUGCCUCCCAUCUGCACUAUUACAUUGGGCAGAGUGAACACUAUCCGCACGAUAUGGAGCAAGCCUUCCGGGAUGCGUUUCAAAAGACUGACACACUGUUUCUGGAAAAGUGUGAGAACCAUCAUCUUAAAAGUGGUUCUACAGCCGUGGCCUGUGUGCAUCACAUCAGUUCUCGACGUAUUGAUUUAGCUUGGGCUGGCGAUUCACAAGCGAUACUGGUGAAACGUAAUCCUGGGGAAGGACUUUUCAAGCGGCUUGUCCAUCCUACUCACGUUGCAUCCGAUGCGAGUGAACGCGAUCGGAUUCAUGCAGAAGGCGGAUUCGUUAUUCCUUGGAAUGGGCAGUAUCGAGUCGGUGGACAACUGGCAAUUACUCGAGCUAUUGGCAACCGAUACUUCAAACCGUUCGUUACGGCAAAUCCAGCGGUUUCGUUGAAUCAAUGCACGGAUGACGAUCUACUACUCAUACUAGCUAGCGAUGGUUUAUGGGAAGGAUGCAACGAAUACUACACGUCCAUGUUUGUGCUGUACGCGAUUCGAAAGUUUCCAGAUGAUCCACAGAAAGUAACGGAUUGUUUAAUAACAUUUGCCAAGGAGAAAACUCGAGAUAAUAUCACGGUGAUAAUAGUUUUCCUAAAGGAUCCGCAGACCAUCAUCAAGGAAACACCAUUUAUCGAAGAAAUAGAAGCUCGGGCAAGACUACGAUCCGGCCAAAACAUGGAGAUUAACGGAGCCGCCAGUAACGGCUAUCUGGGAGAGAACAACUCAAUGGGCAUGGAAGAUCAUAAAACUUUCGACGACAUUCAGAACUUCAUGACGGAAAGUGUUAUGCUGGAACCAAAGUCUGCCGCCACGCAAUUCGUCGGUCCGAUGGAUGAUAUGGGCUUUCUGUCGGAUGGUGGCUUCGGACCAGAGACGGACGUUGACGGAGUGCACGACAGCAAACAGCAAUCACCUAGUCCACUGUUAGAGGAGCCAGUGAAGCAUUCGGAGCUUGACAAUGGUGACAUCGAACAUGACAUCGUCAACGUAGAAAGUGUUGAACAGCAUACGAUGAACCAUCACAAUCCUUUUGCGCAAUCGUUAAAUGCACCGCUCGAUCUGCCUAGCAAUACUCUGCCCAUCGUACCAGGUACUAAUGAGUUUGACGAGGAAGACCCCACAUCACCAUCGAGCGUCAGCGUGGCCGAUCCGGUCGAUCUGUUGUCCGAGGAUCAUCAAGCGGGCGAUGCAGUUCCGCACGUGAACGGUAACGGUGAGCAUCAUUACGAUGAGCCAAAUGAAACCGAGGACGAAGAACUGCAGGAGGGUGGUGCAAUAAUGGAACACGAAGGUGCAGAAAUCGUACCCACCUUGAAGGCAGAGCUGAAUGCAGAUGAAAUAGUUCCUCUCAAAUCGAUUGACGAACCGAUCGUUAAUGAGCUGCUGGGUGGUGAUUCAAUCGUCGAUAAUAAGCUGAUCGAUCAGCUCGAUUCGUUCGGCAUUCCGGAGGCAAUUCGACGGCAGCUGAUCGAACAGCAGGUUAGCGGGGCAGCAAUGCUGCAUGAGCAGGAGGAAGAUGACGACGAGGGUCAGCUCAUAGCGGAGGAAAAGCAUUCUGAGUUCGACGGUACCGACGAUGGUGCUGAGAAGGAGGACCUGCAUCAUGAAAAAGUUUUCGACAGUGAUUAUGGUGCUGAUCAUCAUAGUGCAGACGUCAAACAGGAUGAUGAUGCCGGUUGCUGCGAAGAUUCAGAAGAAGACGAAUGGGACUACGUGAAGGUGAACAACCAACAGCAGGAGGAACAACAGCAAGAAUCGCAACCAGCGCAUGAAAAACAGCCGGAAAGUACUCCCUCGGAAGACAUUACCCGUACGGUUGAGUACAGCAGCAACAGUUUCGCACCCGACGACCAGCUACAGCAGGAGAACGGCGACGUACAGCAGCAACAGCGGGAGCCAGAACUAGAACAACACUUCGAACAACGUGCGGAGGAGGAGCAGUUCGAGCAGGAGGAAGUGGUAGACCAAGCGCUGCCGUCGCGCGAGGAAGAGGAUCGUGAAGAGGAAGAGGAACAGGAGGUGCAGGCAGAAUAUCACGAAGAAACGAAGGCGGCUGUGCCGAAUGUCAGUGAAUCGGUGGUGACGGCAGAUAUUCUUGGCGACAACACGGAAUCGACCGUGUCGGAGGAGUGUACGAAAGAAGUUGAUGAUGUCAUCAGUGCUGCUGAAACAGAAACCAAGGAAGUUGUCAAUUUGCUGAACGACGAAUUUAGAGAGGACGUUCCACCGCCAACUACGACGGACGCUUUGUUUGAAACCAACUGCAUAAACGAAGAAAACACCGAACCAACACCCUUCGUGCCCAGUGAUUGUGUAAACAUGGAGGCUAGCAUGUACGGUGGUUCAAUUUCCGACCAACCUCUAUCGCCGAAUACGCCAGUAUCGCCGGUAGAGAACUUCCCGGUGCAACAGCAGCAGCAGCCGCAAUAUUCCGACGAAAAGGAUAUGUUCGGUUCGAGCAUGGACGAAACUAUGAGUCCGACUGGCGAGGGAGAGGAACUGAAGGAAAAGCAUCUGUAUGAAACCGAAGAAAAGCUGAUGAAUUUGCAACAUCAGGAGGAGGAAAGCAGUGCUGGAGCUGCCGGAGAUUACGGUUCACAGUUGAAUCCGGACGCGAAAGAAUUUGUCCCGGUAGCAGGAUCGGCGACCGGUGAGAUGAAUGCCAAGCUGCACGAAAACAUUAAGCUGCGCGAUGACGCAAUCGUGGCACAAAGUCCCCGCAAGGGUACAAUGUCGUCGAUGGAGGAUCUCGACGUACCGGCCGAAACAGUGUUCCAGACGGAGAUGGAUAAGAGACCGCACGAGUUUGAGGAGUUCGAGGGAGGCAAUGGUACCGAUGACAGUGCCGGAGACAAUCGCCUGCGAUCCCCCCUGGCUGUGCAUCCGUUCGAUCUGAGCCGAUUCAAUGAAGAAACUGUAGUGGAGCAAGAGCUGAAAGAUUCAAAUGUUACCGCAGAAAUAACCAAUGGCGGUGACUACAUUGUUCCGAACAGCACUGGUGAUUUGUUGCAGACGGCGAAUAUAAAUGGUGGACUGUACGGAACAGAUGAAAUGGAAUUGCUUAAUAAGGUGCAGGAACUACCAACCGAUGACGAACCAACAAUUGAAAGGGCCGCCGAAUCAACCAACACCUUCGCCGAGUUCGAUCCUGUGGGUGAAACAGUCGGUAGCGCCAAGGAGGAAUUGUAUGUGGAGCAAAAGGAAACGGUAGAUGUUUCACCCACUGCUUCGGAGUUGAUUGCGGAAACAAUGGAUCGUAUGGCUGGCGAAGAAAUGCAACUAGAUGAAGGAUACAUGAACCAGCUUCCGUCGGAUCAAAUCCCGAAAAGCAUGGUCUCGGACAUAUCGCAAAGCCCGGAGUUUAAGAUGCUGCAGUCGUCUAUUGAGCAGUUUACUUUGGGUAAAACUGUGGAAAGUGAGGUCGUCGAAGAUCAAGAAAUGGAAGCAACAAACUUCCAGAAGGAAUCAUCUGCACUGGAAGCAUCCGUUUACGAACCGGAACCAGCACUAAUUUCUACCCAAGAUCCGCCCGCUCAACAGCUGACAAGCAACGAACAAAUUCUCCAAGCUUCGCAAGGUUUUGCUGACCUGAUGGGCGUAUCGGAACCGGUAAGCGAACCACAGGAACCUUUACCUCAAGAGAAGCCAGUUGCCGAGGUUGCGGAAAAACAGCAAAGUGAUGAGAAGCUGGUUGAGGAAACGAAGGUAGCGGAAGUGGAAGCAGCAUCGAGUGAUGUUGCUGCUACUGUUGUUGCGGCUGCUGCCACGGUGGCAGUAGCAGCAGCGGCGGCCACAGCAGCAGUUACCGCAGCCAGUAAGCCCAGUAGUAAGCCAAAGGCAUCGACGACGGCUCCUGCAACGAAGAAACCAGCAUCCAGUGUAUCGGCAAAACCAUCCACCGCCGCGUCCAAAGACAGUAGUACCAAGAGUGUUGCUCCUCGUGUUGGCAGCAGCAGCAGCAGUACAUCUGGAGCGGCACGCAAACCGCCUGCAGCACCGACUGAAGCUAAGAAAGCUCCAACCGCUCCAAAAACGAGCGUCACAAUGAACGGUGUUAAGGAACGGCCUGCCAGUGCUACUUCCACGAAACCAUCGAUGGCAGCAAAGAAAUCGACCACAGAUGCAGCCAAGACGGCCACAUCUAAGACUACUUCUGCGCCUUCCUCAGCAGCAGCCGCCCGAACAAAGGUGGCCUCUACCACCACCACAACGAAAUCGGCCAGUGCAAGUUCAGCUACUAGAACUGCCGCAUCCAAAUCGGUUACAUCUAGCACCACCGCCAGUGCCGCUGCAGCAGGUAAAACAAGCUCGUCCCGGCUGUCGACCACCACAACAACGCGCACAGUCACCUCGCGACCCUCGAGCGCCGUAUCGAGUGCCUCAGUUCCUUCGAAAACAUCCGCUACCACAACGAUCACGGCAAAGAGAACCGCAGCCACAGCAAAGAGUUCACUAACCAACGGAACUACAACGACUGAUGGAGCGUCAACCGCCAAGUCCACCACCAGGACGACCACUACUACCACAAGCAGCACAGUUCCACGGACGGCAGGAACCACCAGAACAACAACGGUCACCAAAACGGCUACCACAACGGCGGCCACCAAGAAACCGCUGGACGUUAAAACUACAGCGACGAAGACAUCGCUAACGGCCACCGGUGGUAAAACGACAACCACGCGCACCUCAUUGGCUCCCAAAGCCACUGCAACUUCACCGUCCGUUCGGAAAGUGCAACCGAAUGGUGUAGCAGCGGCAAAGAAAUCUGCCGUUUCGCCGGUUGGUAUAAAGAAGCCGCCAACAUCAACAGUCUCGAAGUCACCGGUGGCAAAGACGGCUCCUUCAGAAGCAUCGACAACGACGGCGACGGUCGCCGAAACGAACGGUACUGUCAAUAAUGAUACGGUGGAUGUGGCACCAGCUGUAUCAGCACCAGAACCGCAGCAACCCGCUGACCAAUUGCUCGUACCCGUACCGCAAGCAAUGUGA